AUGGCGAGGCUUCUUCUCACCUCUUCCAUGCACAACCCUCUCUUCUCGUCCAUGCCCUUCACCCUUUUCUUUCUUAUUUUUUCUCUCAUGUCUGUAUUUUCUGUCAUAACUUUUCUCUGCGGUUCUGAGAAGAUGAAGAAGCUCCACAUCCAAGCUGAGAAAGCAACAACAACGAGGUCGAAUUCGAAGGAGAAAAGGCUGGUUUCGAAGCUGAACAGCAACCUCGGCAACAGGGCAGUCUCCAUGGUGAAGAUGCUGCCGUGGAUGAAGGUGCAGGCAGAGGGAGAAGUUGCAGGAGAUUACAAUAGUGACCAUGAUGAAGAAGCCCUUUGGAGGAAGAACAUCUUGAUGGGAGAAAAGUGUCGUCCUCUUAACUUUUCUGGGAAGUUUGAGAAUGACUUUGAAGGCAAGAAUUAA